CUUUCUUUUCUUCUUAUAACCACGGCAUCAUUAGCCCCCUCCUCUUCCACCUCUUCCAAGAACUAAUGAACUCCCUCGGGGAGGGGAAAGCACGUCGACCAGGAGCUGGUGGAGCGAUCUGUAGUGUGCCUUGGCUGUCCCCUCCCAGGCAGCGGCAGGACCAAGGGUUUGCAGAGCACCCUGGCAGGACCAUGACACACACACACACACGGGGGGGGCACAGCGGACAACCUUUCCCCGAGGGCAAAAAGUAGCUUCCCGGCCCAGGCGCUGAACGCACCAGCAGCUGCAGCGGCCGGGGGCGGCGGCGAAGGGGAGGCGAUGGCUGUGCGAGCUGCUGUCCUCAACCCCCAUCACUUCAUCCCCUUCUGCUUCCCUGCCUCCGGGGGCCUGGCGGACUAUGUUGACCUCGAGAAGAGCUACGAGGACGGGGCAGCGGCUCUGCUGGGAGGAGGAGGAGGAGGAGGAGGGGGGGGAGGAGAAGACCCAGGGGAUUUAAAAGAAGCCACCAGGGACCUGCUGAGCUUCAUAGACUCGGCGUCCAGCAACAUCAAGCUGGCCCUGGACAAGCCGGUCAAGUCCAAGAGGAAAGUGAACCACAGGAAGUACCUGCAGAAGCAGAUCAAGCGCUGCACGGCCAUCAUCGCCGCCGCCCCCGCAGCGCCAGCCCCGGCCGGGGGCCAGGAGCUGCCCAAGCCGCCGGCCCCGCCGGCAGGGGCCGCCUCGCCCCCGCCCGGCCCCGCCGGCCAUUGCAAGCCCCCUGCCAAGCGGGAGGCCUCGCAGGCGGCCAGCAGCCUGCAGAGCAAGAGCCUGGCCGCCCUCUUCGACCCCCUGCACCAGGGCCGGGCCGGCGAGAAGGGCCCGGCCGGCGGCGGCGGCGGCGGCGGCCCCCGCAAGGUGCCGCUGCGGAACCGCAACCUGCCCCCUUCGUUCUUCACCGAGCCGGCCGCGCCGCCGCCCCGCGCCGGCCCCAAGGCGCCGGAGCCGGGCGGCGGCGGCGGCGGCAGCCCGGAGGCCGCGGAGUUCUUCGAGCUGCUGGGGCCCGACUACGGCGGCCUCCUCCCGGAGCAGCCCCCCGCGCACGAGGCUUUCCCGGCCCGGCUGCCCCCGGAGCUGGGCCUGGAGCCCGCCCUGUACGAGCCCCACCCCCUGCCGCCGCUGCCCCCGCACCUGCUCGGGGGGCUGCUCUACCCCGAGCCCGCCUGGAGCCCCCCCGCCAAGAAGAGCGCCCCGCCGGCGGCUUCCUGCGGCAGCCUGAGCCUGCCCGAGGCCGUGCGGCCCCUGCCUGCCAUGGGGGCCCCAGGAGCGCCCAUCUACCCGGCCAGCUCGGACCCGGCCCCCGCGGGAGGCGAGGAGAGCCCAGCCCAGCUGGCCGCCGCCUUUGCUCCCUACUUCCCCGACUGCCCCCCCCCCAUGCCUUAUGAGUACAGCGCCGGGUACAACAGGGUGGCCUAUUCGGGCCUCUAGGGGGGGCUCGGGAUGCAAGGCUGGGCUGGCAAAAAAAAAAGCCGAGAUCACUUUAAUUCCCCCUCCCUUGACGCCGUUUGACUUGGGACAAUAAACUCAGAGGGAAAAAAAAACAGCCGGGAGGGGAGGAGGGGGGCGCUGUGGAAUGGGGAUCGCACCCACUUAGCCCUUAAUCCUGGGGCUGGGUUAUCGCUGAUAAUUGCCAACCUGAUGGGUUUCUUUCCAUAGCUGGAGUUUUUUGGUUUGGUUACUAGUCCUGAUUCUUCUCUCCUAUACACCAGUGUAACUCCAUUGAGGUCAGUACAGUCAAGGGCCUGAUCCAAAGCCAACUGAAGGCAGUGGGUUGACUUUUCACUAACUCCGGGGGGCUAUGGACCAGACACUAGUGCCACAGAGAAAACGGUCAAGCUCUUUAGCUGCAAUAAAUUUAGGGCCAGAUUUUGCCAUAGAGCGUAAUAUCUUACUCUGCUAGUAGUCCCACUGAAAAUAACGCGACUGUUUUGUAAGAGUGGCAGAAUCUGGUCUUUAGGGUUUUAUUUGCCUUCACAUUCUGAACAGUCUCCCCUCUCCUUGUUCAGAUUCUAUCACUGCACAUAAUAAAAAUGUAAACUAUUUUAUUCUUUCAGGUCUUUUAUAGUGCACAGUAACUACAUGUUGUUAGCAUUAUUUGAGAUACGUUUUUAUUUUACCUUAGGCAAAUGCAAUUGAUUUACAUUUCUUAUGUUACAUUGCAACGGGGGCUGCUUUUUCUUUAAAGCAGCCGUGACCAAUUGUAAGUGACUUGAGUUUAAAAGUAAAACUCAGUCAGCUCUUACAGUGUAUUUAAAAUCUUGUCCCACACUUGUGUGCAUCAUAAGUGCUGGCAGAUUUUCAACAGAGGACACAAACAAGUGCAAAAAUAAUUUUAAAAAAUCAAGAAAACAACAAAAAUAACUAUAAAUGCUGUUACCAAAUCUUAGUGUCCUGAAAUUCAACAAUGUGUUGCAGAAUAUUGCAAACAGCAAUACUAUAAUAAAUAAGUUAAUUGAUGGCAUAAUGUUCUGGACAAAACGUACUGUAGCAACGUGAUUCCCACAAACUGUUGGAUUUCUUUCAGGAAUGUGUCAAAGCAUUGAAAGUGACAGAUCCGUUCUAUUGUGUACAGGAGAUUAUUUGAUAAUCAUUUAAAUUAUGUAAAAGAGUCUAUGAUGGGUCCUAUAAAAAUAAAGCUGCACAAUAGCUUAAAGACCUGUGGCUGUUACGACUGUUGGAAUGAAAUACACUAGAGUCUCUUCCACAUCUUCAUUUUUGGCAAAGUUCAUUCACUAGAUUUGGCUGGCAGAAUUUAAGACAGCCUAGUGGUCACUUUUCUCUUUCCUAAAUCCUCUGAAAUGCUGUACUUUACCCUCAACAACCUAUUUCUGUUUUGUGUUCUUCUCUAUUGAGUGUUUCAGUAAGAUACUGGAAUGACAGGAAUUGUAGCAAAUUAUUAUAAAGCCAAGGGAUCAACAUACUUACUUUCAGGAAACUAGUUCAACAGACUGUUAAGUUUCCUUUUGGGGAGUUGGUUGGGAUGCCUAUCUUAAAAGGCAGCCUUGGAUUUUUGGCUUUGGGCCAGUUAGAAUUGGAUUGUUUGUUUUUAAAAUGGGAGUCAGAUGGACAAGAAGUGUGAGGUAUGGUGAACCAAAUAGUACUCCCAGAGAUGGCAAAUCAUUCUAACCUAUGAUAUUGAAGGGAAUUAAGUAUAAAAUGCCUCUUUCAUUAACAAGUACAAAUACCAUUUUUAACAGAGAUUUAUGGUUAAGAACAUUAAGAUGUAUGGAAGGAGAAGUGUGACUUUAAAUAACACUUUGGAAAUAAACGAUUAGUCUUUCAUCUAACUGUUUCAGUAAUGGGCUUAAUUUUACUUUUAAACAACAAAAAUAAUAGCUUAUAUUUAUACAGCACCUUUCAUCCAAAAAGAUCCCCAAGUGAUUUACAAAUAACCUACCUAUGUAUACAGGAAUCACUUCACUGAAAAGCAGGCACACUGGGCUGAUGUGAGGCAUCUGUUUAAUAACUGCACAGUGCUGUAUUGUACACUGUAAAUUCAAUGCACUUUUAAAAUAUUGAUUUUACUAUAGUUUAUUUCACUAAGCUUAAAAGAAUGUAUAAAAAACAAUGGACAGCCAGUCCAGCCUAUGUAGAUAAAUAAGAGAACCCUGACUCCUUGGUCAUUUAUAGUACAGAAUAGUAUACUAUGUUUGCUCAAUUCUGUAUUCUUUACUUAGGCAAAUCUACUGAGAAGUCUGGGAGUUUUGCUUUUUUACAGAGGGUAGCGUUAGAGCCAGUGUAGCAUCAUGUAAUUACAUUUUAGAUUGUCAGGACAAGGUUGAUUUCAAUCCCAUUUGAGUUGGUAAAUUGUCUGCGGUCUGUUAAUGGUUUUGUUCUAUUCUCUGUAUGUGAUUUUGUAGCAGUUUUGGACCAUUAUGUUUCCUCUUGGGACACUUCAGAUCUAAUGGCCUAUUUAGCAUAAUAUUACUUUGUCACUAAAUUUUCUGACUUGA